AUAUCACCAUUGACGUCUUUCCAAAAGGUCAAUCUUGAAAAAACCCUCAACGAAAGUCAACAAAAAAGCGAGACAAUAGCAAAACUCGAAGAGACGAUACGAGGUCUUAGAGAACACGUGGCUGGUCUGGAAUCCAAACUGCGUUCCGAAGAAACGAUCCGGCGUGAGCUUCAUAACACCAUUCAGGAGUUGAAAGGCAACAUCCGGGUUUUCUGUCGCGUGCGGCCCAUGCUGACGUCAGAAGAAAGUCAGCGGCCGUGCGUGUUUUCCUUUGGACAGGACGAGAGGGAACUGGUAGUGGAACCAACGUCGCCGAAUGAGAGUAUUUGCGGAACCAAAAAAGCCGUCCCUAAGCAUGAAUUCGCCUUCGACAGGGUGUUUACUCCUUCUUCAAGUCAAGAGGAUGUGUUCGGUGAAAUAUCGCAGUUGAUUCAAUCAGCUUUGGACGGUUACAAUGUCUGUAUAUUCGCAUAUGGACAGACAGGCUCGGGAAAAACAUACACCAUGGAGGGGAACACUGCGGACCACGAUAAACAGGGAAUGAUUCCGAGGGCCAUGGAACAAGUGUUCCGGACGUCCCAGGACCUCAAAGAAAAGGGCUGGCAGUACGCCAUUGAAGCCAGCUUCUUGGAGAUCUACAAUGAAACCAUCAAAGACUUGCUGGGUUCAGGGGAUGCCAAUACAAAACACGAAAUCAAACUUGUGAACCCAAGCAGCACGGGCGGGGCGUGCGAAGUGACAGUCACGAACGUCAAGACCGUGAAUGUCACGUCAGAAACACAGGUGUACAGUCUCUUGGAGAAGGCGACUCAGAACAGAGCUGUAGCCGCCACGCAGUGCAAUGAACGAUCCUCACGGAGUCACAGCGUCUUCAGAUUAAAGCUUACCGGCGUAAAUAAUCUCACUGGUGAAAAAUGCCAAGGAACUCUGAACCUUAUUGACUUGGCGGGCUCUGAACGCUUGAGUCAGUCUUGUUCCACUGGGGAACGACUACGAGAAACGAAGAACAUCAACAAGAGUUUGAGUAACUUGGGAAAUGUUAUCAUGGCUCUGGCCAACAAAGAACAGCACAUUCCGUACAGGAAUUCGAAACUCACCUUCCUGUUACAAAACUCUCUUGGAGGAAACAGUAAAAGUUUGAUGUUUGUAAAUAUUUCGCCAAAGGAAGAAUCCCUUCAGGAGACACUUUGUUCCUUACGAUUCGCCACCAAGGUGAACCAGUGUAACAUUGGAACCGCGCAGAAAAAGGUUCUUAAGUAAAUCGUGGAACCCAGAGCAAAGGGGCGGACCAUCUUUUAAAAUCCUGUACAAUCUUUUUUAUAAUGAAAGGAGAUUUGUAAAAGUUUCUGAUAUAUAUUGUAGAUACAGCUUUUUAGUUUUCCAGUAGGCCGUAAUUUACUUUUUAUUUCAAACAUAAUGUGACCGAUUACUGCAAUGGAAAUAGCAGGAUUUUUUUCUUCGUUAUGAAGAACGGCCUUCAAGCCGAGUGUCACGUGAAGCUGAAAGAUUUAGUGUAAUUUCCUGUUCAUGGGAAAACCACGUUGGAUAUCAAAUCAUCAAUCAGUCCUGAUUUUGAAUUUGAUAAAGUAACACGGACAGCAAUAUAAACUUCGCUGUUGAAAACUGUGUAAUUAAAAAUACUAAACAAUUGUAAAAAUGGUUGCGAUCCGAUAUUUUUAUUUCAAACUUGGAACAUGUUUGUACUCCCUACUUCUGUUGAACCCCCUCUUAACGACCAGCAGGGAUCCGUUUUUCGAAAGCCUUGGAAACUUUUCGGGCCCACAAAGCAAUUUUUAAUUAAUCAGCAUCUGAAAACAGAGAGGUGUAUACGCCUGAAACUUUUUGUAUGAAGAGAAUCUCUCUUCAUAUUAAAAAUAUGUGAGUAACACAGCUCUGUAAUCAUAAGGUUCUAGAUUUUGUUACGGCUUUCCGGGUGCGAAAACGUUUCGGGACCUUCGAGAAACGGGCCUCAGGCCUGGCUUGAUCAAAAGGUGGAUAGUGUUAUCCAGCCUUCGAACAACUGGACCCAGUCUGUGAAGCAUAGUUCACACUAACGACCUAAGACAGGACGUUAUGCUUGCGGUGUAAACAUCCUGACAUAAUGACAUAAUAGCAGCAUAAAGCCUGGUUCACACUAGCGACGUAACGAUAUCGUCACGAACGACAUAAAAAGGACGUUAUCUCGACGUAAAAAGGACGU